AAAUAAUAAAUAUUUUUAGGUUAUGAAAAUAUAACCUUAAAAUGUCUCAAGAAAACUUUAAGAAAUCAAUAGAAAAUAUUAAGAAACAAUUCUUUUGUUGUGUUGUAAUAAAAAAUUUAAACAUUGAGAGUAUCGAAAAUUUAUCAUCAUGGGAUAAUCAAAAUACAUUAAUUGAAGAAACGGUAAAUAGUCAACAAAUUUUAAAGUAUCCUAUAAAAAUAUCUUAUCAAACGGCGUUUAUAAAACAUAUAAUUGAGGUGUUAAUAAAGCAGAACGCUGAGAUAAACGAUGUUGUUUAUGACGCUCUCGGCCGCUUGAUGGCGCUAAUUGAUUCAAAAAUAAACUUUAAACAUUAUCUUUUUGACGAGGAGAGGAUUAUUUUAAUGGAAAACUCUAGCAUUAUUUCCGAAGGAACCACUGGUUUAUGUACGUGGCAGGCUUCGUUAAUCCUUUCCGAGUGGUCAUUAGAAAAUAAAGAUAUUUUCAUGAACAAACGCGUUUUAGAAUUAGGAUCUGGAAUUGGUUUAACGGGAAUAGUUAUUACGAAAUAUUGUAGCCCAAAAAAAUACAUUUUUACGGAUUGUCACGAUUCCGUGUUAAAAAAUUUAAAAGAAAACAUUAAUUUAAAUCUAAAUUCUUCAAAUAAAGUUAAUGAAGUAAGAAAAGUUUCUUGGGAAACUGUUAAUUCGGACACAAAAGAAAUUUAUGAAUGCGAUGUAACCGUAGCCGCGGACGUUGUUUAUGAUUCAAAAUUAUUUUUACCGUUACAAAACACUUUUAAGUUUUUAUUAAGACGUGGAACUUGCUCGGCGAUAUUUCUAUCAUGUACUGAGCGAAAUGAAGACACUUUAAAUGAAUUUUUAAAUUUAUUGUUGGUGGAUAAUUUCGAAAUUGAAAAUUUAAAGGUGCCUUCUCCGAAAUAUUUUGAUUGGGAUUGUAAUUUAAUUGUUAAAAUGUUUAAAAUUACACACAAAAAUAGGUUAUAAGUUGUACUUACCAAUACAUCUUGGAGGAAAACCCAUCUUUAAUUCCAGGAUUUUCUGAAACAAGAUAAAGGUUUAACGUUAUGAUACUUUUAACACUAGGAUGUUAUUGAAUAAUAAAAAGUGUCUUUUAUAAAUAACUUUGUUAUUACAUAACAUUCUUAAAACAUUUAAGGUGAUGUAAUCCCAAAGAAUACAUUAAAAAUAAUAAAUUCUAGUCACAUCUUGAACCUAAUAAA